AUGGAUAGAAAUAUUGAUGAAAUUGUAAAGAAUUUAUUAAAAUUCGUCGUUAGAGGAUUCUACGGUGGAUCCUACGUAUUAGUACUGGACGCCAUCCUAUUCCAUUCCGUCUUGGCAGAAGAUGAUUUAAAACAACUGUUAAGUAUAAACAAAACUGAAUUAGGUCCACUAAUUGCCCGAUUAAGAUCAGAUAGAUUGAUUUCCAUCCAUAAGCAAAGAGAAUAUCCACCUAAUUCUAAAAGUAUAGAACGUGUCUAUUACUAUAUUAAAUUUCCUCAUGCAAUCGAUGCCAUCAAGUGGAAAGUUCAUCAAGUGGUACAACGUCUGAAGGAUGAUCUUGAUAAAAACUCUGCUCCUAAUGGUUAUAUGUGUCCCAUUUGUUUGACCAAAUAUACUCAGUUGGAAGCUGUACAAUUAUUGAACUUUGAUAGGACUGAAUUUCUAUGUUCGUUAUGUGAUGAACCGCUAGUGGAAGAUGAUUCAGGGAGGAAGAACAAGGAAAAGCAAGAUAAAUUAAAUAGAUUAAUGGAUCAAAUCCAACCAGUUAUUGAUUAUUUGAAAAGAAUUGAUGAUUCAAGAAUUGAGGAAAAUACAUUUGAAAUCUCAUUAGCGAGAUUGAUUCCACCACAGAAUCAAUCUCAUGCUGCUUAUACAUAUAAUCCUAAGAAAGGUAGUACAAUGUUUAGACCAGGUGAUGCUCCUAUGGCUAAUGUGAUGGGGACUGCAUUGGGUAAUGAUAGUAGUAGACGUGCUGGUGCAAACUCACAAGCUACUUUGCAUAUUAAUAUUACUACGGCAAGUGAUGAAAUUGCUCAAACUAAAUUACAAGAACGUCAAGCAGAAGAAAAAAGGAAACAAAAUGCUGUUCCUGAAUGGCAUCAACAGAGUACCGUGGGUAAGAGUGCAUUAGGAAGAUUAGAUAACGAAGAGGAAUUUGAUCCACAAACAACAGCACAGGCUUUACAAUCUACGGAAUCAAUGAUGAAUGGCGGUAACGAUGGAUAUCAAAAUCAUCGUACGUUGACCGAGCAGGAAAUUGAAGAAAGGGAAAGUGAGAGAGCAUUAAAUGAAUAUUAUGCUGCGUUGGCAAGGAAACAAGCUGCAGAGAGGAAGAAAGAGGAAGAAGAAGAAAUGGAGGAAGAAGAGGAAGAAGAAAUGGAGGAAAAAGGACGAGAAGAAAUGGAUCAAGAUGCCAUUGAUGAAGAAGCAGAAUUUGAAGAUGAAUUUGAAGAUGUCGUAGAAGAGAAAAAGGAAAACCUAACUCUCCAGAAACGGAGGCCGAGAAGACAGCUAAUCCACAGAAUAAUAUAG